GUCUGGUCUAGGCGAUCUGUAGUAGAGAUAUGAGAUUCUCUUGGUGUAGUCACAGCAACAAUCGACUAAUUCAAUCAUGUUUUUCUAUAUAGUAAUGUGUUGGAUCUUUAUUUUAGAGAAAAAGAUCGCUGAUUCACAAGGAGUUGUCACGUCAAUCGUUAGCUCAGAUGAAAUAGAUGAAGGAGAACCGUUUACUGUCACAUGCAAUGCCUUGCUGGCAAGUGUUCCAGGGGACAUUAAAACAAUUACAAAGCUAUAUAUACGAUGGAGUGAAGAUGGAAACGAACAGUACACUUACUACGCGAGAUAUAGAUUGUACAUUCCCCCAUACAAUUUAACGAUUUUUUCAAAUGACACUUCAAGGACAGUAACAGUAUAUUUCUCUGGAAGUUUACGAGAAACAUCAGACUCAACAAGACCAGAAAACAGGGACACAAUGAAAAUAGAAAUACUGUUCCAUGAUGCUAUUUGUACAGACGAGGGAUACUUCUAUUGUGGAGCAUCAUACAUGGAUGCAGAAGAUUUUGAAAGAUCAACUUACAACAAGCAAUUUCUCUAUAUAUUUUCAAUCGCAGUAGACCCUUGGUCGUUUUAUAUAUCCCCGCAGUCUCAAUGGAAAUAUGCUGAAGGUAACUCGAUCAAUCCUGCAGGGUCUGAUGUUACUUUAUUUUGUGGAGUAGACGGCCCGAAACAACUAAACAUCACCUGGAAGUUUCGCAACACUAGUGGAGAAAUUAGCACUUUUAUACCACUUCAGAUUGAUUACAGCAGUUCCUCUUUUAGAUGGUACAGUCCGUCGAUAGUAUGCCACAGGUACUAUUAUUAUUCAGAAAUCCGUUUCCAAACAGAAGACAAGUAUGAUGGCUACACGUUUAUGUGCCUUGCUACAGCAUACAACAGGGACACGAGUAUCGGAAACAUGACUAUACAUACACAAAAGACGAUAGCCAUUCCAGCUGUUAUCAGGGAAGGCACAAAUUUUAGUCUGACGUGUGAACCAUUCUUAGCUGGUGUUCCUAAAAAUAACACCAAAGUUGAAUCUUUGAAAAUUAGUUGGUCUGAUGAGACAGGAAAUACUAUUUCAAUUGCAGAAUAUUGGCGUAACAACUCCUCUUAUUCCGCGGAUCGAAUGACAAGUAAUACAGAAUAG